CUCUUCUGUUUAGUGUUUACUCGAAGUCUCGAAUGGCUUCUAAUAUUCUCAAACUUCAUAUACAAACCUUCAAAACUUCAAGUCCUUCAUCCCCAGUUCGACAAACCAAAACCCACUUGCCAUCUCUACCAUUUGCAUUAAAUCACCAUUACCAUUCCCAUAUCUCUUCUCUCCCAUCAACUCUCUCUUGCAAACUUCAAGUCCCUGCUCUUUCUCUGCAGUCCUCCUUAUCUCUCUCCACCCCACCAACCACCAAAGAAGAAGCCAUCCUUCAAGCCAAAACCUGCCUCUCAACUACCCUAGAAAAGCCUCUCAACAACCCCAAGCUUGCCGGCAAACUCAAGAAACUGAAACAACCCAGAUACCGUAUUGAAAUUCCAAUCAUUGAUGACUCACCAUUUUCCCUCUCUCAACUUGCUUUGGAUGUGUUUAAGGACCUUCCCGUUAGAAGAAAAGGUUCAUCAGUCAAAAUCUUAAUUCUUUGGCCUAAUGUUGCCUUAACAGAAGCUGCUGCAAAACUCUUUGAGUCACAUUCUUUAAAACAAGUUGAACAUGUUGACUUAUCUUCAAUUUCUAAUGAGAAUAUCAGAGUCUUGAGUUCUGCUGAUGUGGCAAUAUUUUUGGCGGCAGAGGAGUCACAACUGGCUGUUAUAAGGACAGUUUCUGACAGUUUUUAUCCAAAGCCAGUGGUGAUUUUCAAUCCCAGAUGGGCAUUUGAAGAGGAGGAUGAUUUUGGUGAUUUGACUGGUUUUGUGGGUUCUUUUGAUGUGAUAUAUUCAUUUAUGGGAUUGGAAGUUAAGGGUAUUUUGAGUAAAAGAAAAGGAGUUAUUUUUAAAUGUGUAAGAGAUGGGGUUUUGAGUGGUGAAAGGUGGAAUGUUCUUGUUGAAGAGGAAGGAGAAUUGAAGGUGGUUUCCAAGUUUAAAGUGCGCCCAUCGAUUGGUGAAGUUGAGACUGUUUUGUAUAAUUUGAUGGCUAUCAACUCCCCCAUCACAAAAUCUGCCAAGUUUUUGAAAGAUUUGGUGUCAAAUGUAACCGGGAAAAAGAGGUAAUCCAAAUUUCAUUGACCCAUUACAAGUUUUGAGUUGAAGCCGAAGUCUUGAUUCUGGAACUGUGAACAAAACAGAUGUGCAGUGCACUGGUUCUGUAUUUGAGCAAACUUGUAGUAAAGAUAUCUGAUUUGAGCUUGUAUUCUAGUCAAGCUCUUAAG